AUCUUCUCCAUCGUGGUGUUCGGCUCCAUCGUGAACGAGUGCUACGUCAACAAGGACAGCCAGAACCCCGAGCUGCUCUGCAUCUUCAACGAGAAUGAGAGUGCCUGCAGUUACGGCAUCGCCGUUGGCAUCAUUGCCUUCUUUGGCUGCAUCUUCUUCUUUAUCGUGGACCUCUACUUCCAGCAGAUCAGCAGCGUGAAGGACCGCAAACGGACCGUCCUGCUGGACCUCGGCUUUUCAGGUUUCUUGUCCUUCCUGUGGUUCGUAGCCUUCUGCUUCCUAGCAAACCAGUGGCAGCGGACGACGAUGGGCAAAGGGGUUUCACAAGGAGCAGACGCUGCCCGGGCAGCAAUCGCCUUCUCCUUCUUCUCCAUCAUCGUCUGG